AAAAUAGAGUACUUUUUGAGAAAGGGCUUGAUAUGCAGCAGGGUUUCAAAUAGUACCGUUUGCAACUCAGAGGUAAAUUUCUAAUGAACUACAGCUGGAGGAACAACGUCCUAGAAAACAACACAAGUUUUAUUUAAUUGUGGCUAAAAACGGUAUAAUGCUAACUAAAAGACUGCCAGGAAAGUGCGCCUGUUGUUUGAUGCGAGUGACCUCCAUCCCGGGGAGAAACUUCUUUAAAAAGUGAGCUUCAAGCAAGGCGGACGGGGCUCUGCGAGGACGCGCGCUGGAUUUGGGCUGUUUGCGCGCUCUCCGUGCGCUCUGACGGAUGCUCGGAGACGCAUGACUUUUAAAGUUGGAUCUCAAGACAAAUACGACCCAAGAAGAGACAUCUGAACAGGAGAAACAUCAAAUAAUUCAUUUAUUUUCUAUUCUAAGUCAACGGGACUCUAUUUUUAAAGGUGCCACAGAUAAAAAGCCUCCUCUCCUCACUUUACGCACGGGAACUAUGAGCGGACCGCGCAGGCACGCCAUCAUGGGACUGCUGUUAGUGAUGUGCGCGCUGACCGAGCACAUCUGCGAGAGCGCGCCCUCCACGGUGUCCGUGGUGCGCGGUGACGCGCGGCUGGACUUGAGGCGGAUGCAACAGAUCAUGAGGCACGUGGAGGACAGCCGGGGACGCCACCACAGCGCGAAAACGGAAGCGCCGGCGCUCGCGGCGCGGGCUGAGAGCUCGUCCGCGGAGCAGAGGGACUUUCGCAGCAAGGCAGACAAAGGGAAUCACUCUGUCGUUACAUUUCCCAGAGAUCUGAGAAAGAAAGAGAAAUUCAUAAAACACAUAACAGGUCCUCUUUUCUUCAGCCCAAAGUGCAGGAAGACUGUGUACAGAGUUUACCACCACACCAGAGACUGCACGAUACCAGCAUACUUUAAAAGAUGUGCACGACUACUCACGCGGCUGGCAGGAAGCCCACAGUGCACGGAGGGGUAGCACGCACAGGCUGAAAACAAAGCUCCAGAAGAAAAAAAAAUAAACACUUUGGAGAUAAAAGUGCCUCGGACAGUUAAAGGAAAGCCUAAAUCUGAGAAGCCUGACAGAUUUUAGGCAACGAAUUGUCCUUCACUCAGGUCCUUUCAGCUGAGGCGUGGACUGCUGCCAACCAUUACUCUGUCUGGACCUUAAAGGCCAGCUGUCAUGACCGUGGGAGCAACAAGACCAGGACUGGUGUGGAGAUGCUGAAAGUGAGGACUGGACACGGAAAAAGUGACUGAGAAAGAAAACAGGGGCCUUUAUGUCUUUGCUGGAAUCCAAAAACAUGUUCCUGAAACAAAGAAAACUACCAUUUUCUUCAAUGAUCUGCCUUCAGCGAUUAGCUUUUUUUUCCCAGUUUGAGUCCAUCAAUAAUGCUGCAGAAGCUUCUGAUUUAAAGAUGUGUUUUCAUAAUCAUGGGUGACCAGAAGUCACCAACUUCUUGCUUAACAAUUGACAAAAACUGAAUUUCUGUACUUGAAUCUACACAAAUAAUCCUUUCCUGUAGAUUCAAGUAGCAUAAAAACCAAAAUGUAGUUAUUGAUAAAGGUUUACACAUCAGAAUGACCACAAAUUUGAUAAUUAUUGAUAUUUUUUUUUCUCUUAGCAGCUUAACUCAACCUCAUAUGACAUGACUUUGGGUUAAUGCAUCUCAAAUUAAAGUAAAACACAAAAUCUCCCUUUAGAAGUUAAUUAGAUUGAUCUUUUUGUUAUAAAAAGCAAAUGAUUUUGGAGUGAAACUUCAUCUUCUUCUGAAAAUAAGAGAUCCUGGACACACCUGAUCCUACUGUCAGGUAGGGUGGAGGAUCUAUUAUGAUUUGAGCUUCUUUAACGGGAUAGUGGAGUGAAUCUAUCAGAUGAAGUCUAUGUCAGGGUCUGAUCACAAACUUUAAAGUAAAAAAAAACAAAAAACAAAAUGAGUCAGGAAACAGAACAACAGUUCAGGAAUUCCAGCUAAUCUACAGCAGAGCUGCUGAAAUAGAGCAGAGUUUGUAAUGACACUGAUUAAGAAGCUGUGGUUACUCCUCAAGACAGCUGUGCAUGAGAGAUGAUGUAAAAACAAAGGGAAGCAUUUGUCCUCAGAGCGUAAUUUAUUUUUUCUUUUUUGGGUUUUAAAGUAAGAGAGAAAGUUUUAUAUUAAUUCAGAUUUUUUUUAUCCAGAACUGCAGAAAAAAUUAGAAUUUUCAAAAUAUCCUGAUGUGUAAAUCUGUGUCAUUAUGUGUACUUUUUGGAUUUUUGCACAACUAUAAGUCAACAGAAAUACCACAAA